GAGAGAGAGAGAGAGAGAGGUCUGGCAGACCCAUCAGAUUUACAGCACGAAAGUCGACUGGCGUACAAGAGACCGAGGGGGGCAAAAAAAAUAAAAAAAGACGCCUCCCCAGUCAAACCACCGGUAACCGGAGGAGCAGCGUCCGCGUCCCGCUGUUGCUGAGAAGGGAUUAAACACGCCAGGCGGAUGGUCGAGGGGACGGCCGGAGCGUGCUGAACUUCCAGGGACUACCGAGCACCGAGAGACGCGCUUCUUUUUCCUUUUUUUUGUGGUUUCCCCUGCGAAGGAGGCGGCGUCACCGGGAGGCAUCGGGAAGGCUGUGCUCGUACUCCGGGCAUGAAGCUGCCUUGCGUGUUGGCGCUCACGGCGCUGAUUUCUCAGGCUGCCACGGGUCAAACUUGGUCUCCCUUUAUAGAUGACGAGGGCUCCUCAAGGGACGAGUUCUAUGAUGAUGAGGAUCUUUUCUCAGGCUCCGGCUCUGGCUUUCCAGAGGUGAGUGUGAAGCCUACGUCACCGGGCGUGUCCUUCACAACAGAGGAACCCCUCCCCCUCUCCACCACCCAGGCCACUGGCCCCGCCCCCUCUGCCCCACCUGCAGCCGAGCCCAGCCCCAACCCAGACCCCACCGGCACCCCACAGCCCACCGAGGCUGAGGGCGAGAGUGGCGCAGAAUGGGUGAGGGAGAGGGAGUUAGAGAGGGAAAGAGAGAAAGAUACGGAGAGGGAACGAGAGAGGCAGUGGGAACUGGAGAGGGAAAGAGAGAGACAGAGAGAAAUGGAGAGGGAGAGAGAGAGGGAGCGAGUGCGAGAAAUGGAGAGGGAAAGGGAGAGAGAGCGAGAGCGAGAGAGAGAAAGGGAGCGCGAACGAGAGAGAGAGCGGGAGAGGGAGAGAGAACGUGAAAGAGAGAGGGAGUUGGAGCGGAUCAGGGCUGCUGCCGCUGCCCAGACCACCGUCAUCCCACAGUCCACUGCUGCCGUUCCCAUGGCGACCAACAGCCCAGCAACCAGUCCUGCUGAGAGCGCGGUGCCUUCCAGUGGUCUGGAUGACAUGGGCACCACAGAAGAAAACGAAGACGUCUACCUGCCCCCCGAACCCACACCGUCUUACCCAGGCUAUGAUGUGGAUACCACCACAGAGGAAGACAUGGCAACCACAGCAAGAAACAUCCCUGAAACCACCACAGCUCUGCCCACCACCACGGCCGCCACCACCGUUAAGACCAGGGUCCCCUCUCGGCCCAGGGUGCCUAUCACGACAGCCACUCAGACACUACCAACAGAAAGAAGCACCCGCCCACAGAAGCCCACAACCCCACAGGCCCGCCCAGAGGAGGGUAAUAAUGAGGUUGGGGCCACGGGAACCAGUGGAGACUUUGAGAUCCGUGAGGAAGAGCGCCACAAUGACCUUGGCCGUGGCAGAGGCCAGGAAGUUGGGGCGGAGCCUGAUCUUAUUGGCAACACAGUGGACACAGGAAGUUCUGCUGCCCAGUUGCCCCAGAGGAACAUCCUGGAGAGGAAGGAGGUUUUAAUAGCUGUGAUAGUGGGAGGCGUGGUGGGGGCACUGUUCGCUGCCUUCCUGGUGAUGCUGCUGGUGUACAGGAUGAAGAAGAAGGACGAGGGAAGCUACACGCUGGAGGAACCCAAACAGGCCACCGUCACCUACCAGAAACCAGACAAGCAGGAAGAGUUUUAUGCAUAACACCCAUGCACACAAAGUCAAAGCAGAGAGACCUUCACACGGAGGGGGAGGGAGAGCGAGCGAGCGAGCGAGAGAGAGAGAGAGAGAGAGAGCGAGCGAGAGAGAGAGAGGGAAAGAUACUCUGUGCCCGGCCCCCUUUCUCCUGCAUCCCCCUCGUCACUCCCUCCUCAUCCCUCUCUUUUGCGAGAGCCCCCCCCCCCCCCCCCGCUCUCUCUUUCUCUCUCUCUCUGUGGACUUGGAACAUUCUUUUAACUAAAACAAAAAAGAAGAAAAAAACCCCCAACAACCCCCCCCAAAUAUAUUCUGAAAAAAUAACCAGAAACACAUACACACAAAAAAAAAAAAGGUUUUUAAAGUAAAUGUUGUUAUUAAUAUUCUACGGAUUCUCAUGUUCUGAUGUAAUGAUAUGAUUAUUUUGUAAAAAAACAAAAACAGAAAAAAGAAAAAAAAACGAACAAACAGAAAAAAACCACACAAGCUCUUAACCUGUGUUCCAGCACAAAAAGUUCUUCUUUUUCAUGGAGCAAAUGAGCUAAGGAAAGCAAAGAGAGAGAGAGAGAGAGAGAGAGAAAGAGGUGAGGGGUGGAGAGAGAGAGAGAGAGAGAGAGAAAGAGGGGGGGGUACUUGAGUACGACACAAAGGAAGAAAAGAGAAAAAGGCCAGACUCCGCCCCUCACCCCCAAACACAGCGAGUUGUCUGAUUGGCCGCAUAGAGAUCCAGGUCAAAGGUGAGAGGAAAGGUCUCUAUUGUGCCUUCCAUCCUCUUGGUGCAAACACACACACACAGUCAUACACACACACACACACAUAUGCAUGCACACAUCUAUCCAUGCAUACACCCUUAUAAACUCCCUCACAUGCACAGACUUGUCUCCCUUUGCUGGUGGCUCUGACCUCCCUCUCUGUGCUCGGCCAACCAGAAAACAGCGCUUAACCCUCGAUGUGUUCUUGUUCUACGUCAAGGGACUGCUAUGGCAACACGGACUGGUUGCUAGCGAUGGAUGCUCCCGCUAACACAGAGCAAGUGGCCUGUCUGCUCCUCUAUGCUGUACAAAGAUUAGUAACGGAUAGUAAUAAUAAUCAGUAAUAUAUCAAUGUUUUGGGCUGGCUGGUGAAUAAUAUUGAGUAAUAAUAAUAAUAAUGAUAAUAAUACGUCAAUGGGAGGAUGUGUAUUUAGCAGUUUAAAAAAAAGUGUAUAUGUAAAUAUGAGCAUAUCCUUUCCGUCAUCACACUAACCGUCUGCAUGACCAUAAAGAGUUUUUAUUCAUUACAUCUGUCGUCACCUAGAUGAGCUGUGCUCUCGUCAACCACACACACACACACACACACACACACACACACACACACACUCACACACACAUCCAGACAUAACCUGCUGUGCAUUUAAAUACACAAUACUGACUAAAUAUUCUGUAAAUCAUAUCAUUGAAUACACAUAUCAAAACAUCGUCAUCAUCAUCAAUCAUCACCUUCAUCGUCAUCAUCAUCGUUCUCACUAGUGAUAUGAGUCAGGUCAAGUGAUUUCAGUACGUUAUUGAUUAGUUAUUGAUAAGUUGCUGGUUGGUUGAAGUUUGGUCUGUCUAUGUAAAAGCACAACUGUGUGUCCAGUCAUCUCAUCCAGUCACCUUGCAUGCUUCACUUUCUUUUUUCCUCCACCAUUGGUUGUCUACUUGGGAACGGGGGGUGGGGGACUCGGGGGUGUUGCGAGGGCCUUUAAUGAAAACGGAAGUGGAAGUUGCCCCUGUGCACUCUUGAUUUACGGUCGGCCUUUACCCUGAUCAAAAACCCCUGACCUUUCUCAGUUCGGUGGGAGAUGUCGAAACUGACUCUGGAUCAGCGCUCGGACGGGAGCAACUUCGUCCCACUGAAGGAGUCGGAGGCUCUGAGGGAGAAUCGCGUCGGGGGCCUGGGA